CUAUGGAAAUACUAGUAAACAGAAGAUGGCGUAGCUAGCUAAGAGGCUGCAGGAUGGAAGAAGGAGCUGAGUGGGUCACGGCUCCAUCAAACACUCAGCGGCUCACCGAAGAGCUGCAGGUUGAGAGACAGAUGAAAGAAAUGUUGCAGAUAUCAACAUUUGAAUUGAGGAGUACGGUAGCAGAACUGGAAAAAAGACUUAACAGUAUUGAAGAUGAAGGUAAUGAAUGGAAAACCAGAUAUGAAACCCAAGUGGAACUAAAUAAACAGUUAGAAAGGCAAAUUCGUAUUGUUCAAGAAAAAUCAGAACAGAUUCGUGGUGACCCAACAGAUCGUCUAGCUUCAAUUCGCUCUUUUGAUCACAUGCCCAUAGGGGCUUUAAAUCAAUUCUUUAAACAUCUUGAAGAAGAAAAGAUUAGUUUAGAGAAUCAACUAAAGGAAUUUGAACAUCGAAUACAACAAGAAACAAAGGCAUACUAUAAGGUCAAUGAUGAAAGAAGAAUAUAUGUAACUGAAAUUGCUCAGACUACAGCCGCACAAGAAGCUGGGAAGAAACAGCAAAUUGAUCCAGCAAAUGCCACAAGGGAAAAGCAAGUGCUUAAUGGGCUCUACACGGCUGCAAACCAGAAAAAAGGAACUAAAAAGAAAGAACCUGUGAAGAAAUCAACAAAAGAUAAUCAUCUUCCAAAAAUAAAGCAUUAAAUGAAAUGGAACAUCACAGUAAUAUGUAGCACUGAAGUUAUAUAUAAUAUUUAUCUAUCCAUUUGACUUGUUUCUGUCUUUAACAUUGAGUGGACUAGUAACUUUUACCACUUGGCUUGUAAUUUUUAACCCUUGAUUAGUAAACUAUUGUGAUAUUUUUUCACCCCAAUUAUAUAUUAUUUAUUUUUAUACGGAGCUGUCCACUAGCCCCAGAUGAGUAAUAAAUUGCAGUGGGCAAGUACAAUAUGUGGCUUUAACAUUGAAUCUUUAACGUUGAAUGAACUAGUAACUCUUUCCUGAUUAGUAAACUAUAGUAAUAUUUUUUCACUCCAAUAGAUAUAUAUUUUUGCCAUUUGAUAGUUGUCUGAUUGUUGUGGUUAGAUUCUUUAAUCAAACCAUUUUGGAUUCAUCACCUAUAGGCUCAAUUAUUUGUUUUGUUAUUUUCUGGAGGCAUAAAUAUAUAUUACAAUAUCAGUUUGACUUGGAUUUUAUAAAUAUAAUAUUUUUUGUAUAAUG